AUGGGGACCCGGCAUAGAGGCUCAGAGUGGGCUAACCGUGGGGUUGGUGAACCUGAACUCAUCCGCUACUUGCACAGGAAGAGAAGCCCGAGAGGUGAAGCUGCGUCCCUUCUGGCUCAGGACCCAUUCUCACCUGUAGAGAAAGAAGCGCCAAGGUGCCGUCAGAGCACCUUGACUACAGCAUCACCUGGAGUCUACCCAGAUAGUCUGUUUUGCUGGAGCAUCCUUAAACAUUUUCUGGACAAGAUGACUAGAGAAGAAAUGCACUACAUACUCUUUCGUCCAGAGGCUUGGGAGAUGAUGCUGGAGAGAAGUGGUCUGGACAGUAAUGAGGCCAACACGCUGUACCAUAUCCUGAUGGAAGAGCUGAUCCGACAGAAGGAAGCAACCAUGCCAGGAAACCUGUCAGAGGAGGAAAAGAUGUUUCUCUUAUGUUUUCCCUUGCAGAAGUAUAAGCUGGAAAAGAGUAUCAGAGAACUUCACGCUAUUGCACACCAAGUUGAUGCAACCCAUAAGAUGCUCACCAAGACCAGCCUGGUGGCCAGCUCCUCAGGCAACAUCUCUGGACUCAUGAGCCUCUUGGGUUUGGCCCUGGCCCCCGUGACAGUAGGGGGCAGUCUGAUGCUUUCAGCGGCUGGGCUGGGCCUGGGGGCUCAGGGGCUGCCACCAACAGUUGAUGAGUAUCUCUUAGAAAGCAGGAGCAACUCGGCAGCCAGAGACAGAGCCAGCAGACUGGUGCCUAUGGAAACAACCGUGGUGUAUGAAGCUUUUGGAAUAAGGUUGCCUGCAAUCAGUGCUGCUUUGUCGUGUGUCGAGAGAGGUGUCAGAGUCAUCAAGAACGUCAAGGAUUUUCAGGCUUGCCAGAUGGCCACAGCCAACUCUGGCUUCAUGGCUAAGGUCAAUAAUUUCAUGGCCACAAACCAUGUCCCCUUCUGGAGGGGAGAACAGCUACAGACAGCUGUUGAAGGCUCUGCUCUGUCCGUGACCAAAGGUGUCCGGCUACUGGGCGCCGCUGGGGCUGGCUUCCUACUUGUGCAAGACGUGAAAAGCCUGCUGCAGAGCUGGAAGCACCUGGAGGAGGGGGCAAGGGCAGAGACCACCGAGGAACUGAGGACGGUCGCCCUGCAGCUGGAGCAGGAGCUGAGCCAGCUCACCCAGCGCUACAAGCUGACCCUCCGGGGCAGGGCUGGCAGGAGAGCCCGUCCCCGAAUCAGGAGCGCACCAGACCCGGCUUGCGCACGAGACACACGAGGACCGAUGGUAGGAAGUGAGAGCGCUACGUCUGCCAGCCCUGGCAUGUCUAGACGUCCAGGUGAACCUUCUAGAAGAUCCCGAUUAUGCCACAGAAAAGUUGACCAACCACCAGUAAGCCUGGGAGCAAGCCAGGAAGAAUUCUUGCAACUGUGCAGAAGGGACCAGGAGGAAACGAAAGUAAUCUCUGUGAGGACACACCCCGAGAGGUCCCCCCAUUCAUCAUACUUACAUUUUUGA